UUAUGCUAUUAUCGGGGCUUAUUUAUGAGAGUGAUGGGUGCUUCGACUUAUCGAUAGCCCGAUAUGGCACGCCGUUGGCCUAACACGCACCUGCACGACUUUGAUGUUACGCUCUGGUUGCUACCAUUCAGCUGCCUCGCACCGCUGAGCCAGGCUUUCAUUCGACCUUGAUGUCUGCCAUGAUGGACUAACAUUCUUCCCCAAAGCCCUCGUAAUAUCGACGCGCCAUGUCAUCCUCUAAGAAUCCCGCCGACGCCUCUCGAAUGGAGUCCAAAUUCCAAAAAACUACCAAGCCGUCCGUGUUCGAGAAGCAAAAGGCCGAAGCUGAAGCCAAGCGCAAACGAGAAGCAGCAGAGACCGCAGCCGUUUACGAAGAUUUUAUUAAGAGCUUCGAUCACGAUGGCGACGAUGACACGGAACGCAACGCCGCGCCGCAGCAGAACCGCCGACCUGGAUUUGGCAACCUCGGCGGUCCGCCGCCCUCUGGGCCUGGAGGAGCUUCGCGACGACACUUUGGCACAUCUUCGGGAAUGAAGAGCGGGCCGGGGAGUUUGGGGAUGCCGCCCAUGCCGUUUGCUAAGAAGCGCUCGUUCAAGGAUUUCUCCAAGGAGCCGGAGGGUAGAGCGACGCUACAAUUCGAGGACCAGAGCGACGACGAGGAGAUGGUUGACCGCGCCGAAGAGAAGGCUAUAGCUAGGCCAACUCUUCGGCUAUCGAAUCUUCCUCCGGGAAUAUCCCCUGCGACGAUUAAGUCGCUACUACCUGCCAAUCUUACGGUCGAGAAUGUUAAGAUACAGCCUCCAGCUGGCCCUGGGGGAACCGAGAGGAAAUGCACGGUUGCCAUUGUGACAUUGUCUAAAGAGACGCCUGCCACUGAUAUGGAUGCUGCAGUAAGCACAUUGCAGAAUAGGUACAUGGGAUACGGUUACUACUUAUCUCUUCAUCGCCAUCUUUCCUCAGCUGUCAGCAACUCCGCGUUAUCGGGCCUGGCUUCUUCCUCUUCGGCAUCCCAGCCUUUUGGAGCGAAACCGGUGGAACAAGAGUCUGCGGGUGGGCAUAGCGAGCAUUCACGCCAUGGAUUCCAGCGAGGAUUUGCUCCACCAACUUCGUACUCUCACGGGCCUGGUUCUGUAAACCGGUCCUCUCUAUUACACGUACCGGUCAAACCGCCUUCAGACAUUCGAAUGAUUCGAUUAAUCAACAAGGUCAUUGAAGGUGUCCUUGAGCAUGGCCCCGAUUUUGAAGCUUUACUUAUGUCACGGGCAUCCGUGCAACGAGAAGAAAAAUGGGCUUGGAUAUGGGACGCAAGGAGUCAAGGCGGUAUUUGGUAUCGAUGGAUGCUUUGGGGAGUGAUUACUGGAUCACAUUUACAGCAGAGGAAAAAGGGCAAAUUCAUUCCGCUAUUUGAAGGAGGCCAUGCGUGGAAAACCCCCGAAACAGGUCUUCGUUUCGAGUACACUACUAAGCUGGAUGAGUUCGUUUCAGAUUCGGAGUAUGAUUCUUCAGAAGAUGAAGACUUUGAUGGAGAUGCGAAUCGCGAGGGUGGUCCGGCUGGUGAUGAGGGCAAGGCGUUUCUUAAUCCACUGGAAAAGGCCAAACUAGUACAUCUUCUAUCUCGCUUGCCUACUACCAUUGGAAAAGUGCGCAAGGGGGAUAUCGCGCGGGUAACGGCCUUUGCCAUCACCCACGUUAGCCGUGGCGCUGACGAAGUUGUGGACUUGAUUGUCUCAAAUGUUGAACAGCCUCUAGCCUUGGCCAUUACCGACGCUGAGAAGGGCAAGGAUGGUAAAGGACAGCAACAAGCAGCAGGAGUAGAGGAAAGCACGACAAAUGAAAAUACGGAUGCUAGCGCGGCUACCUUGGUCGGCUUAUAUGUUGUCAGCGAUAUUUUGUCAUCGUCCUCUACGAGUAGCGUUCGACACGCGUGGCGUUACCGGCAACUCCUCGAGACGGCACUGCGUAACAGAAAGGUGUUUGAGCGCCUAGGGUUGAUGGCGGAAAAGCAGGGCUGGGGUCGACUGCGUGCAGAAAAGUGGAAGCGAAGUGUUACUCUUGUUCUGAACCUGUGGGAAGGGUGGUGCGUCUUUCCGGUAGAAAGCCAUGCGCUGUUUGUGAGCGCGUUUGAAAACCCGCCAUCUUUGAAGGUACAAGACAAGGUGGAUGAAUCUGCCAAGAAAGGAAAAUGGAAAGUCGUCGAAGCCAAUUCUACAACUGCAAUGUCUGAGGCUGCUGCCGAUAAUACCUCGGCUAAGGAGGGCGAUGUAAUCGGAGAGCCGUUACAGGAAGAGGAAGAAGCAACGGGAGAGCCUAUUGAAGAAGAUGAUCUCGACGGCGAACCUCUCGCAGAGGACGACCUGGAUGGAGAGCCAAUUGAAGAUGAUGAUGACGUAGAUGGCGAACCUAUGGACGAGGAUGAGGAUGAAGAUGAGGUCAAGGAUGGCAAUGCCGGACAACAAGGGGUAGACGAUGUUCAAGCUACUACGGAUACAACAAACGACGCAGAAUCGCAUCCAGCGGGCCGUGGCCAGCCGAAGAGACGAAUGCGAGCGGCUGAUAUGUUUGCCGAUUCUGACAACUCAGAUGGAAAUUAGUUUGGGGCUGCUGAGCAGCAGUAUUUGCUAUAAUUUUUGGGAUGGCGUGGAGUAUGAUUUUACAUAUGGCACUACUAGGUACUGCUACUGCAUACGGUGUACCCAUAUGAUGCAGAGUAAGGAAAUAAUAUGAUAUGAAACAUUUUAAUAACCAUAAGUAGAGAGCAAGACAUAAUGCGGUAUUAGCAGCGGAAUAAUUAGUAACUGUAGCCCCUCAUGAUUGUGUCUAUGAUGACUGAUAAUACUUCUUUUUUUUUUUUUUUUUUUUUUUCCACCUCUGGAUGAAUAGCCUAUGGAGCGCUUCUAAUGGCGAUCGAUACCCGCUCACUGCCUUAUACUAGAGCUCAUUAGGAAUCGUUUGAAGCUUUGACUUGAGAA